AAACUUCACAUAUUUUAUUUUGAAAUUCACACCCAAUUCCUUUUUCUCUUCUCAUUUCUACAUUUUUCAACCGAUUCAACCCAUUCCAACUUUACACUGUUCAUCAUUUUUCUACCUAUUCCACAACUUCCCACUUACCAAAAACUUCACAUCUUUUAUUUUGAAAUUCACACCCAAUUGCUUUUUCCCUUCUCAUUUCUACAUUUUUCAACCGAUUCAACCCAUUCCAACUUUCAACUGUUCAUCAUUUUUCUACCUAUUCCACAACUUACUAAAAACUUCACGUCUUUUAUUUUGAAAUUCACACCCAAUUCUCCAAUAUUUCCUUUUCCCCUUCUCAUUUCUACAUUUUUCAACCGAUUCAACCCAUUCCAACUUUCAACUGUUCAUCAUUUUUCUACCUAUCCCACAUUUUUUUUUACCUAUUCCACAACUUACCAAAAACUUCACAUCUUUUAUUUUGAAAUUCACCACAAAUUCUCCAAAUAUUCUACAUUUCUCAAGUAAUUCAACACGUUUCCACAUCGUUCGGCAGCAUUCCCCGAAGAAGUUAUUCAUACAUUUCGCCUUCACACGCAAUUUCUCCAGAAAUUGCAAAAUUCUAGUUACAAAGGAAACUUUGACUUUGAAGAAACCUCUAUGACGUUUCUUUGAUAAGUGCAUGUUGCAUUUGGUGUAAUGGCAUGAUACUGACAGAGUCUUUUCUGGAUCAACAGAAGCAAAUUCGAAAAAUGGCAACCCCAGAAAACACUCCUCAAGAUGCAUACAAUGAGCUGAGGGCCAUUUACGAGACGGAGCUGGCGAAAGCCCGUGCGGCUCUGGUCUUAGAGGCCACAGAGCGUGAACGUCUGCAGGUGGAGUUGUCCAAGCUGAGGAUUGAUUUUGACGAGCUGGAAGCAAGGGACACGAAGAAAGAAUCCAAUCUGGCGAAAGCCCGUGCGGCUCUGGUCUCAGAGGCCACAGAGCGUGAACGUCUGCAGGUGGAGUUGUCCAAGCUGAAGAUUGAUUUUGACGAGCUGGAAGCACGGGACACGAAGAAAGAAUCCGAUCUGGCGAAAGCCCGUGCGGCUCUGGACUCAGAGGCCACAGAGCGUGAACGUCUGCAGGUGAAGUUGUCCAAGCUGAAGAUUGAUUUUGACGAGCUGGAAGCAAGGGACACGAAGAAAGAAUCCAAUCUGGCGAAAGCCCGUGCGGCUCUGGACUCAGAGGCCACAGAGCGUGAACGUCUGCAGGUGAAGUUGUCCAAGCUGAAGAUUGAUUUUGACGAGCUGGAAGCAAGGGACACGAAGAAAGAAUCCGAUAUGGCGAAAGCCCGUGCGGCUCUGGACUCAGAGGCCACAGAGCGUGAACGUCUGGAGGUGAAGUUGUCCAAGCUGAAGAUUGAUUUUGACGAGCUGGAAGCAAGGGACACGAAGAAAGAAUCCAAUCUGGCGAAAGCCCGUGCGGCUCUGGACUCAGAGGCCACAGAGCGUGAACGUCUGCAGGUGAAGUUGUCCAAGCUGAAGAUUGAUUUUGACGAGCUGGAAGCAAGGAAGUCGCAUCACAUUCAAAUCCUUAAAGAUGAGCUGGAGUUUGAAAAGAAGCUGCAUUCCGCGGACUUGCGCAUGGUCCAAAGCCAGCACGAGUCUCGCAUGGUGGAGUUGGAAGCCGGCCAAAAAGUGAAAGAUCUGGAGGAGGCUCUGUCUACAGAGAGGGAGCGGACCCAGAACAAGGAGGAGAGGUCUUUUUACAGCUUUAGAACAUACCACAACGUUUGCUCUCAUAGCAAUUAAUGUCUCCACGUUUGUCCCCAGGGUACGCCAAACCAUGUCGGCCAGCAAAAAGAGGAAACGUCCGAAGGACAGCGAGGGUUUGAGCUCGGGCGGAUGCAAUGUGCCUCGUCCUAAAAUCGCCCAGCAGGUCACUGUGGAUGAGCAGCAGGUCACUGUGGAUGAGCAGCAGGUCACUCUGGAUGAGGUGGACUCGUACGGCAAAUAUGUCAGACUCCGCAAUACAGUUGAUGAGGAUCAGAAUUUGGGGAACUGGCAGGUGAAGCUCCAGAUUGGAUCUUCUGCUCCCAUCGUAUUCAAGUUUGCUGCAGAAUUCAUCC